AUGGCCGGUUUCGAUCGAAAGAUCGCGACCGCCGAGACGUCGUCGGAUCCGCAGACCGAGAUCCGACGGCGCAUGCACAACUCAAAGCGCCCCCGCGUAGAGAUGACUGCGUCGUUUCGCUGCCUCGUCGACGCCAACCUCGUCUCGGCCAUGACGUCCUUCCAGUGCGGGCUCUACGACGACCUGCGGCCACGCUUUGCCAAGUGGCGUGCCAGCACUGCGCCGCCGCAGGAUCUCUCGUGCCGCGAUCUCUGUGUGCGCGAUGGAAGCGACCGCCGCAUCGUGCUGCACGAAGCCAUUGCGCGCGGCGAGCUCGACGUCGUCAAGCGCCUCGAGGCCUGCCAGCUCGACCUUUUCUCGCCGUCGGCGAUGGACUGCGCCGCCCGGACCGGCCAGCUCGCGAUCGUCGAAUUCCUUCACACAGCUGGCUACGCCUGCACAGCCGCUGCGAUGGACCAAGCGGCGACGCAUGGGCAUCUACCCGUCGUGGCCUACUUGCACACGCAUCGCCACGAAGGGUGCACUGCCCAGGCCAUGGUCGGCGCCGCCGAGAACGGCCAUCUCCGCGUCAUCGAGUACCUGCACGAGCACCGUGACGAAGGCUGCACCGUACGCGCCAUGGACUACGCGGCCCGCAACGGCCACAUGGACGUCGUGCGCUUCCUGCACACGCACCGCGGCGAGGGCUGCAGCGCGAUCGCGCUCGACUUUGCGGCCGCCCACGGACACUUGGCGAUCGUCGAAUUUCUGCACCGUGAGCGCAACGAAGGCUGCAGCACGUACGCCAUGGACGGCGCCGCGCGCAACGGUCAUUUGGCCGUCGUCCACUUCCUCCACACACAUCGCCACGAAGGCUGCUCGCGCAAGGCGGCGGUUCAAGCAUCGCGCAUGGGCCACAGCACCAUCGCUGCCUUUCUCAAGGCCAACUACUCGGUCGACGCGCUGCCGUCGGCGCCGCGUAAGCUGCGCGGGAAGAUGCACAAGCGGCCGCUCGUUCGGCUGCUCCGCCUGCUAGUAUGCCCCGGCGCGUGUGAGCAGCAGCUGCGCGAUCUUGUACCAUAGCCG